CGCUGGUGGAGAUGCGGAAGUAGACGGUUGUAACAAUUAGCCACCUUGCUAGCUAAUUAUUUACUUAACUGAAGAUUUACUUGAUAAAGACAACGAUAAAUUGCUCCCGAAUUGAAUGAUAUAACCUUUGAUACGUAUUUGUUGGUGAAACCUACAUAUUUCAUCGCUCAACUAGGUGGGAAUUUGAAAACAAUCGAACGUGUGUAGGAGGAAGUUCCUGAUGGCAGACCACACGGAUGUCAGCCUGCCCCCUGAGGACCGUGUCCGUGCCCUGACCAAGAAGGGCAGCUCUGUGGACGUGAACGAGGACGUUCCUCCCCGGAGGUACUUCAGGUCAGGCGUGGAGAUGAUCCGUAUGGCCAACACCUACACCGAGGAGGGCAACGCAGAGCACGCCUUCGUACUCUACAACAAGUACAUCACGCUCUUCAUUGAGAAGCUUCCUAAACACAGAGAUUACAAAACAGCCAACAUUCCAGAGAAGAAGGACACCUUGAAGAGACUGAAGGAGGUGGCCUUCCCUCAAGCAGAGGUGCUGAAGAAGGCUCUUCUCAAGUUAUAUGAGCAGGAGCAUGCACAGUAUCUCAUCAAGAAGAAAGCAGAGGAGGCAACCUUGGCGCAGCAACAGUCGAAGCAGCAGGCGCUAGAAGCAGAGCGGGAGCGUGUGGUGGAACUGCAGCGGCGCCAACGGGAACAAGAGCAGUUCAGCGCCUUCGAGGAGAUAAUCAGACGGCAGGAGCUGGAGAAGGAGAGGCAGCGUAUCCUUCAGGAGUUUCAUGCUCCUGGGACCCCUCCCCCCGAUGCACCCCUCCUCCCAGGGAUCCAGGGCCCCCCUCUGCCCCUGGCCGUGUCCCCCACCCCCCCUCAGAGCCCGGGGGACAGCGCCAGCCGGGUCAGACCGCCUGGCGGUAGCACCGGGCCCACGGCGCUCCCCACCUUCGACCGGACGCUCAAACCUAUGAGCGCUAACACUAUGGAUGGCAUGGUGGAUGGGAUCCGGCAGCUGGCAGUGCCCUCAGAGCUUUGCAGCAGCUUCCUCAGACUAGCUGAUUCCAACACCAGCCGAGCUGUGGAGACCUGUGGCAUCCUCUGUGGUAAACUGCUGAGGAAUGCGUUCACAGUGACCCAUGUGAUCGUGCCGAAGCAGAACGGAGGGCCAGACUACUGCGACACGGAGAACGAAGAGGAGCUGUUCCUGAUCCAGGACCAGUAUGACCUCAUCACCCUGGGCUGGAUACAUACCCACCCCACCCAGACAGCCUUCCUGUCCAGUGUCGAUCUCCACACACACUGUUCCUACCAGCUCAUGAUGCCGGAAGCUAUCGCUAUCGUCUGUUCACCCAGGUUCAACGAGACGGGCUACUUCAGGAUAACAGACCGUGGGAUGGAUGAGAUCUCAACAUGUAAACAGAAAGGCUUCCACCCUCACAGCAAAGACCCUCCUCUCUUCACUGGAGCAGGACACAUCACCGUCACCGAUGACAGAGUCACCAUGUUGGACCUGCGGUGAUCACCUCUGGACUGGGGAUCUACACACCAAACGCUGGCUGGCUGGCUGGCUGGUUGACUGACUGACUGUAUUUGUUUAUUACUUAUUAUUAUUAUUAUUUUAUUAUUAUUAUUUUAUUAUAUAUUAUUAUUAUUAUUACUUAUUAUUUAUUAUUGACUCGCAGACUGUCUGACUCGCAGGCUGACUGGCUCGCAGGCUGACUGGCUCGCAGGCUGACUGGCUCGCAGGCUGACUGGCUCGCAGGCUGACUGGCUCGCAGGCUGACUGGCUCGCAGGCUGACUGGCUCGCAGGCUGACUGGCUCGCAGGCUGUCUGGCUCGCAGGCUGACUGGCUCGCAGGCUGACUGGCUCGCAGGCUGACUGGCUCGCAGGCUGACUGGCUCGCAGGCUGACUGGCUCGCAGGCUGACUGGCUCGCAGGCUGACUGGCUCGCAGGCUGACUGGCUCGCAGGCUGACUGGCUCGCAGGCUGACUGGCUCGCAGGCUGACUGGCUCGCAGGCUGACUGGCUCGCAGGCUGACUGGCUCGCAGGCUGACUGGCUCGCAGGCUGACUGGCUCGCAGGCUGUCUGGCUCGCAGGCUGACUGGCUCGCAGGCUGACUGGCUCGCAGGCUGACUGGCUCGCAGGCUGACUGGCUCGCAGGCUGACUGGGCUCGCAGGCUGACUGGGCUGACUGGCUGAAUCUCAGAUCAGAGAGGAACUAUAGACAAUGUGAGAGGAUAUAUCCUACAGAACUGUCUCGUGUUGCACAGGAGGCUGCUGAGGGGAGGAGCUGAAUAAAUGGAUCAAACACAUGGUGUCCGUUUCAUUCAUUUAUUUUGAGCUGUCCUCCCCUCACCAGCCUCCGGGGGUGUAUAUGGUCUGACAGGGCAUGCAGACUAAACCGUCUAACCUCAGGAGGACUGACUAGAGACGAUGAUGCCGUACAUCUCUUGUUUUCUCCCAGUUUGUGAUCGUCAUAAUAAGAUGGCUAACAGCUGCACUCUCACGGACAACAGAUAGAAAUACAACGAGAGGCAUGCCUUUUCAGUACCAUCUAUUUUAUCUGGCUCUUCCACGAGGACGAGGGGGAAGUCGCCCCUAGAUGUUGGAUCUUUGGAUUUGUCAGUUCCCCCAGAUGGUUAAUGUUAUGUUUGGGGAGGCUGAUUCCAGAUCUGUAGCGAGGGGAAACUUCACCCCGGAACGUUCCGCAACGUCGUGUCCUGUUGAACGUGGCGGUUGGUUUGUAAUACAGAAUAUCUAGUGCUUAUUAAAGGACCUGUAUACUUUGUGUCUGUUUAGACAGCAGUUGAAGAAAUGGGUGAAAGGCAGUUUGAAUGUGUAUAACUGUUGGACUAAUGCUGUACCAUGUGAUUUAAUAACUAUUAUCUCUAUGUCCAUGCUUCUCUCUGUCCUAUUAAUGACUUGUCAGGCUGCUGUAGAUGGUUCUCAAUGUCUUCAGCUGUAAUGAACUGGCCAGGCUCAGUGAGGCUCUGUUCCACUAUGGUCACUGGCUGUGGAAGCUCUUUACAAUGGUUUAAUAAAGGGGAACUUCCCCAUCUGAAUAUUG